AUGCUUCAACUGUACUGGGGUCAUGAGGGUCCAAUCCCACAACGUGGUUUGCGACAUUUGUGUUGCGCCGGACUGGACACAUGCGUAUUACCUGGACCGAAUUCGGCCACAGGCACCGAUCCGGAACACACAACGGCAGCUCAAUCGGGAGAAUCAGCGGCCUCUGGAACUGGGGAACGGGAAUUAGAAUGUUUAGACUGUUUGGACAUGUUGACCUGGUUAAACUACGCGGAUCUGAUUUGUCAGCACAUGGCGCCGUUGCGUCCUUCACCCAAAGUCAAUGUGGAGUUCUCAGUUGAAGCACUGACAAGGGCAGCAGAAUUUCCAGGUAUCUUGCCCAAAUUUGUUCACGUGAUUUUCCCUGAUAGAUAA